AUGGUAAGGACUCAGUGGGGUUCUGGAUUGAUUGGCGCCUGGCGGUGGGAUAGGCUCCGCCAGGCGGCGGCGAUACGAACAGUGGCUCCUGGACCAGCGUCUGCCUGGCGGUGUAGACUGUUCCGCCAGGCGGUGGUUGCAGACUUUGUGAGUUUGAGGCGCUUGGCGCCUGGCGUUGAUGGACUUAGUAGGGUGUUCUACAAGGUUUCUGGUAGUGCUUCAGAGGUGAGCUAUAAUAUGUGGCGUGCACGAGCUAUGGCUAACAGGAGGAGGAGGAACCCCGCUGGAGCUGAUGACAUAGCUCAGGCGAUCCAUCGUAUGGUGGACGCGAUGCAGCCCAUAGCGGCGCCACCCAGAGCUGUAGUGGCACCUACUCGGCCAGCAUCUAUGGAGGAUUUCAUGAAACACCGGCCGGCCAAGUUCUCUGGCAAGGCCACUCCUGACGAGGCAGAUGCCUGGAUGCGGGAAUGUGAGAAGAUCUGUAGGGUGCUGGGAUGCACAGAUGAGCAGAGACUGUUGUUUGUCACGUUUCUUCUGGUGGCAGACGCAGAGUAUUGGUGGCAGGGGAUGCAGCAGUUGAUGCAGACCAGUGGGGAGCAGGUGACGUGGACUGCCUUCAGGACGAGGUUCCUGGAGAAGUACUUUCCCGACAGUGCGAGGCACGAACGGGAGGCAGAGUUCCUUACUCUUCAGCAGGGGACCAUGACUGUGGCGGCCUACAUAGAGAGGUUCGAAUAUCUGGCGCGUUUCUACACUCCAGUAGUCACCGAGGAGUGGAGGUGUAGGAGAUUUGAGGGCGGAUUAAAACAUGAGAUACGCCGCUUCAUUGUGCCGCUUCGGAUUAGAGAGUUUCCAGUUUUGGUCGAGCAGGCCAAAACUGUGGAGCAGUUGGAGACCGGGUCGAGUAGUGGAGGGAAACAGCAGAGGACUACUCCAGAUGUCAGACCUCAGAGGAAACCUUAUAGCAGACCGCCGACUACCUGGGGAAUGUUACGGUGUUAUAACUGUGGCGGGGAACACUUGAGGAGGGAUUGUACUAAACCGGCCAGCAGUACAGGUGGAGGCAGUAGUACUGGUAGGUGUUACGUAUGCCAGUAG